AUGGGGGCAAUUAAGAAUAUGGUAUAUGUAGUUGAUUGUGAUGUAAAUCUCUUCAAUUCUUGUAUAAACUUUUGUGAUCGUAAUGGAAUUGCAACGACUUUAGUCUUAGUUCUAGUUUUGGAAGAUUUGAAGCCUCAAAACCUUCUGGUAGACAAGGAGAAGGGCAUCCUGAAAAUUGCAGAUCUUGGUCUCGGAAGGGCCUUCAAUGUUCCUCUCAAGAGCUACACCCAUGAGGUUGUUACUCUUUGGUACAGAGCUCCAGAGGUUUUAUUAGGAUCAACUCAUUACUCAACUGCCGUGGAUAUGUGGUCUGUGGGUUGCAUUUUUGGUAACACCCUUCAAUUCCAUGGUCCACCAUAUACUUUCUGUGGAUUGCAAUUUAGUUGAUUUGAGA